GCUGGAGAAAAUAACAAACCCAUGAACGGCUAUUAAACGCCCUUGCCCCCCUCAUCCACCACAUCCACCCACCAACUGAUCGGUGGGACCUUCAUCCACGAAAGGGCCGUCUAAUAUGUAAGUCUGUCUGGAUCUGGUCAUGGCAAACCUCACCGACUAGUGGGCCGGAACCCAAAGCCGAACCCGGCCCCGGCCUUCAGGAUGCCGCGGGGUCGACGGGAAUGCGCUUGGGGCUUGCAUUGCCAAGAUUCGCUCAACGGAUUAUGGGACAGUUCAGCCUUGGGCCAUGUCAUUGACACCACCGCCACCCGGAACGCUCUUUUCCGUCUGCGGGAUCUGGGUGAGCUCCAAGGACCGCCCUCAGCGCCCCGCCUCUCGUCCGAAGGUCCUCUUCUUCGUCCGACCUUAGCCGUGCACCCGCAAUGGGCGGCAUUGGGACUAGUUACGGCGGUGGCGGGCGGUGGGUCGGCCCAGACGCCAGUCGAGCCUGUGUUGGGCGCGUUGUUGGCCGAUGCCUUGUGCUUGGCCGAAGACGGUUGGCGAGUGCCCUUGGGAUGCGCCAGCAGCGACCGCCUCUGCCAUCAGAUCAUUCUCUUUCGACGCGUGAUGCACGCCUUGAAUUAUCGCGGCCACGCGGCCCUGACCGCCGUGAAUGCGGCCACUCAAACCCGACUCAAUCGCCAACGCCGCCGGUUAUCGAAUCCGAGCCCUGUGGGUGAUGGGACCAUUUCGAGCGCCCCGGCUCGCGGGACCCGCCCCGUUACUUCCGGUCAGGAUGCUCUGGUCGAAUUGGGCGUGACCUCGGGCUUGGCUAUGGUGUUUGGCCUCCUCCAACAAAAUUGGCGACACCAAGCGGUGUGUUCGGGCAGUCCGGACCUUUGUAAUGGUGUGCUCGAAACGUUCGUGGGUGUGCUUCAGGGGCUCAAUCCUUUGGCCUUGGCUCAAUCCGCCCGCAUGUCCACCAUUGGUCAACGCUCCCUAGAACAAGUGACCAAUUUCUUAGUCCCUUGCCUUGACCCGGAAAAAACUCGCGAUCGGACCGGCUCGCGUCUUUCGGCCGAGGCCCUGUUAGCCUUAGCCAUUCAAAGGGGUAGUCUAACUCGAUUGCUACAAUGGGCCUUGUCGUGCCUUCGUGUCUUGCAAGCCGGACGUGAAUGUCCCAUAGCCAGUUUCAAGAUUGCGUCCAGUUCGAUUCAACAUGCCGUGGCUCAAAUUAGGACGGUCACCGACCCUGUGCCCAUUGAUGACGAGAGUCACACGCAACGGUUCAGCCAAGUGGAACGCGAUGAGAACGACCUCGUCCAUCUCUACGAUGGCGUGCUCUGCCUUUUUCAAGAGCUUGUGGCUCAAGCCACCGCUUACACCGCCCAUUGUACCACGGAUGGAAAAAAAGGUUCGACUCUAAAGUCAUCCAACGCUGCCAUCCCCAAACUCCGCUCUCGAUCGGUUGGGUGUGAAGUUUUUGUCUGGGGCUCCAACUCCUCGAACCAGUUGGGCGAAGGGUUAAAGGACAAACUAGUGGAUCCCAAAUUGUCAGAAGUUUUUCAAGAUGUUGUUAAAAUAGAAGCCGGUCAGGUUUGUACGUUUGUUCUCCACGGCGAUGGUCAAGUAUCGGCUUGUGGUAAAGGAAGCUACGGUCGCCUUGGAUUCGGAGAUUCUAAUAAUCAGAUGACCCCUCGAAUCCUCCACAUCGGGGGACCCGUGAAGGAUAUCAGCUCCUCUAAAGCCAGCGAUGGGCACACUUUGGCCCUCACAGAAAGAGGGGAAGUGUUUUCAUGGGGCGAUGGUGACUAUGGAAAGCUAGGACAUGGUAAUGCCGCAACGCAGAAGAUACCCAAAAGAAUACAAGGUGCCUUAGAGAACAAUAUUGUGAGCCAGAUAUCGGCAGGUUAUCGCCAUUCAGCCGCAGUUACCGAAGAAGGGCAACUCUUUACAUGGGGUGAAGGCGAUUUUGGACGUCUUGGACAUGGAGACAGUCAGUCAAGGAACGUUCCCACUCAAGUGAAAGAUAUAGGUUUGGUGCGGCAAGUGGCUUGUGGAGCCUCGAACACCUUGGCUCUGUCAGAGGAUUCCUUGACCGUUUGGUCGUUCGGCUCAGGCGAUCAUGGCAAAUUGGGUCAUGGAGAGGUUGCUCGAGUGUAUCGACCAAAGAUUAUCGAUGCUCUUCAAGGGAUUCAAAUUGAAAAGAUUGUGGUGGGAAGCCAAGUCUCCAUGGCGCUGUCUGCCAAAGGCAAGAUUUGGGUUUGGGGUACCGGACCCCUUUUGGGAACUGGUUGUGGAGACUCUGCCAUAUUUGUGCCUAAAAUCCUGGAUGAACUAGCCGACCAACAUGUCGUGGACAUUUCUAUCGGAGACUCCUCAUGUUUGGCUCUGAGCCAGGAUUGCACUGUGUAUUCCUGGGGAACCAAUACCAAUGGUCAAUGCGGAUUGGGCCAUUCCAAUUCUCCUAUCUGUAUUCCUCAGAAAAUCCGAGCUUUGUCAGGAGUACCAAUUCACCAGAUCUCAUCGGGCAAUGCUCAUGCUUUGGCUUGGACAACCCUACCCUUUCACAGGCAAGUGGUCCUUUGGCACAAACCAUUUUGUGCUGAAUUUGAUUCUGCCAAUUUCAAGACAAUGAAGGAACUUCUAACUGCAUUCAAAAUUGGCUGGUGUGAACCAGAGAAUACGGAAAACAUGGAGUCGACUUCCCCAUUUAAAUCAAUGGAUGAUUACAAUUUGUUCUUGUCGGGAGUGAUUCGUAUUUUGUCGUCCCAUUUUAUGCUGGUGAACGCCAGCAACGGAGAAGAAACGAAAUUGGUCGUUGGCGAUAAAGUAGAUUUAGAAGCAGCGCUCUACGGAUUCAUCGAUCAAGAAAACUGUCCAGAUCAAGUUCGGGCAUUGGUUGAAGAUUGCCUUGUGAAAGGUACGAAAUUCUUGAUGGCUCCAAUAUCCGAGCGUAUCUCAAAAGCCUCUGAGCUUUUGCACAUGGAGAAGCUCACCAAAGGUCAGAAUCUUCAUCUGAAGAUUAUUCUCCAAUCCCUCAACGACCCAAUGGUAAUGGGAACGCUUUUAUGUCCAAGAUCACUCCGAGACAAUGGCGAAUUUUCUUCGCGAGUCGAUUAUACCUUGCAAAAGAAUAUUUUUGGAUUUAUUCGUAUCCUGAGUUUGAGGCAAUUCAAAUAUUUUCUCUCCGAUAUUCUCAAAGUGGAAUUGGGCAAUGAUGUUGGCCCUCAAGAUGUCAUCCCACCGCACCAAAAGGCCGAAGAGAGUAACAUCUUAUUUGCCUUGAUAGCCCAGAUAAUUCGACAUAACAUCAACCCUGCUGCAAACGAACUGGAGUCUGAAUUCCUUCAGCGGUGUGUGUCCCAAUUGAACCUCAUUUUGGACGUGUCUGUGGAGCUCUUGGAUUGUUGUCGAAACAUCUUGAAAACGGAAGAUGUUAAUGGUUUAGACCGAGUUCAAGAGUGCUUGUGCCAAUCCUUCUUCCCCUCGUUAUUGAAGACCGUGAUUGUGUCCCUCUUUGAUUUGCAAUCUGCAUUUAAAGACGACUUGCUUGAUAGCGUUCAAAAGGUCCACAAGUCGACUUGGGAUUUGGAGCGAUUGAUUUGCAAUCUCGUUGAUGAAUUGGACUUUGGCGAUUGGGAUGUGUUCCUUGAAAUGCAAAUUACUUGCACCUCAGCUUUGAGCAAAUCUUAUGGCGAAUCACUUUGUCAAACCGUUCAAGCUCAUCUCCUAGGACCCUUGGAGAAUCUCUCUCAGUUAUCCUUGAUUCGAAAUGGGUCAAUAACCCAUUCCAGGCUCUAUUUGCAUGUUGGCCACUCACUUGACAAGAUUGCAGCUGCUUUGGCCCAAUUAGUGACAUCGGAUGAGCUGGAUUUCGAUCAAAAAGUGUUUCGGAUUAAUCGGAAAUGCAUGAGUUGUGGCAUUGCUCAGUCUGAUGACGAGUGGCUCAUUGCUGAGAAUUUNGUAUUGACCGAUAUGUCCUUGGCUUCAACGGUUCUUGGAGAAUUGUAUGAAAAAAUCAGUCAAUGGAAGCAUAUUCCGAAUCAGGAAACAGCCGAAGAUCUCGCGAGCAAUCUCAGUUCGAAUCCAAAGGUUCUCCUGAGCUUUUCCGAAAAACUUGAAAGAGCUAUUGGAGUCAGUUUGUUCUUGGACAUCUACUUGCCCAAACACUCGCCAGCUGCAGAUCGAGAAUUACUUGUCAGAGAGGCGGUUGAACUCUUCGAGCUUUAUGUAUCCACCAAAGAGAGAACCCCAUUGGAGACGAAUGUGGUCGAAUUGACCGAUAUGUCCUUGGCUUCAACGGUUCUGGGAGAAUUGUAUGAAAAAAUCAGUCAAUGGAAGCAUAUUCCGAAUCAGGAAACAGCCGAAGAUCUCGCGAGCAAUCUCAGUUCGAAUCCAAAGGUUCUCCUGAGCUUUUCCGAAAAACUUGAAAGAGCUAUUGGAGUCAGUUUGUUCUUGGACAUCUACUUGCCCAAACACUCGCCAGCUGCAGAUCGAGAAUUACUUGUCAGAGAGGCGGUUGAACUCUUCGAGCUUUAUGUAUCCACCAAAGAGAGAACCCCAUUGGAGACGAAUGUGGUCGAGUAUUUACGAUGUGUUAGACAAUGUCGUCAGAUGAUUUGCCAAGUUUUAGGCGGGCUGCUUUGCUUCGAUCUGGUCCCAUCCAUCGAUACACCAGACGGGAAAACUCUUCCCCCUUUAUCCUUGUGUCUCAAAAGACCUUUUGUCUCCCCAGAGGCUGAAAACAGCAAAGCAAUCGUCAGCGUGUUGGGAAAAUUGAUCAAAUCCGAGUUAUCAAAAUCUGAGAGAGUUGAUGAAACCACGCUUGUAAUGAUUCUCACACUCAUUAUGGUGGAAAUUUCAAAGUCAAAAGUUCCUUUGGAACAGGAGUUUUCUGAAGAGAUCUUCUCUGUAUUGUCCAACGAUAUCGACUUGCGAAUGAUGCCCCGAGCGCAUUCCGUAGCCCAAAAGCUGGCUUAUCACUUCAUUUUAGCGUCAAGGUUCGACUAUUCUGGAACUGGCGGCGAAGGAGAAAAAAUGGCGGCCAUCAUAUCCCGAUUUCUCGGCCGACAACUGACCUAUAUUGAAAGCUCGAGAUCGAACGACGAGGCAUUAGAUUUUCUCCUGUUUCUGGAGUUGUGCUCUUCCAAUUUGAAGAACAAACCGUUCCUCUCGCGUAUUGUCUCCCUCAAUUGGCUGGCAAGUCUGAUCAGCAUUCUCAAUCUGGAGACCUCGACCCUUCGAUUACGAUUGGUGUGCCUGAGUGCCAUCAAAACCGUCCUUUGUGCUCAGGAUGGAAGCAGCUGUACCAAAGACGAACUACUGACCACCGUUAAAACUCUUUUUCAACAAGUUCAUCAAACAAUGUGGCACUCGAUGCACACGCCGUCGGUUCCUUGUAUCCACGUUGGCUCAAAAAUGAAGCUCGAUUUCAACGUUGACCAAAGCUGUUUUGUCAAUCUCGAAAAAAAUGGCUUGGCCGUUCAUAGUCCCGGGGGGCGUGGAUAUUGCCGUGCCCAACAGGGCUUUUCGGCUGGAUGCGUCCAGUGGAAUUAUACCAUCGUCAAAGAAACGAAAGGCAACGAGGCCACUUGUAUUGGAAUCGCAAUCAAGGAAGUCAAGGAUUUCAAUCAUCGCACGACAAAAGACAUGUGGCUUUACCGUGCAUAUUCUGGACAUCUUUACCACGGGGGAGAAUUGAGGCAAUCGUUGCCUGAUUUCACACAAGGAGACACUGUUACCGCCUACUUGGACAUGGAGGAUCGAACCCUAAGCUUCGGCAAAAACAAACAGCCGCCCCAAUUGGCAUUCUCGAAUUUACCCAUGGGGGUGGAAUUGUAUCCGUGCGUCGUAUUUUAUUCCUUGAAUCCCGGCGAACGGGUACAGAUCAAUGAGUUGACGAGGUCCGUCAAGAGUUUUGAUAUGGUCAGUGGGAAACCUUUCUGCUCACCGGAUUCUGAGACCUUGGCACAAGGAAUAAUCAGUGUCCUCCAAGACACUUACAUCAAGAAAGGCUUAUGGCGGUCAUCCAUCCAGGAGUACCUUGAAACGACCUUACUCUCAAGCCAAGUGACAGAGGGCAUCGUGGAAGUCCGAGGUCUAUUUCAGACUUUGGGCGUGGGCUCAACGGAUAUCCUGAUCAAAUUAGAAGCCCUAACGGGAAAAGUGUUUGGGUGUUUGGCGUUUCUCUCAGCCAUUGACACAGGCCUGAGAGUUGGGAGCAUCGUAGAAUAUGGCCCGAACGAUCAACAGGGUAUUAUCUUGGGGUGUCCUGUUAAUUCGGCCCCAAACGUCAAGGUGUUUUGGACACGAGAUCAGUCCCACAGUAUCAUUAGUCCUCAGACACUCUUGAAAGAAGGCAAGCUCUUAAACUCGUCUGCCAUCGAGCUUCACGUGGACAUAUCGUCCACAGCGAUGGCCGUUAUUCAACAGUUGUCGUGUCUCGAUGUUAGUUCCCCAGACUUUGGAGCAUUGGAUCUUUGGGGCUUAAUUGAUCAAAUGGAUGUGAAAUCUUCCGCAAAGGUUGCCAGUCGCUUGCCCGAAUACGCUAGUAGGGCUGGCUCGAACCUGCAUCGGCCUUCUCGUAAGUCCCAUCCAAGCAGCGCGUGUUCCCAUUCAAGUGCGGAGCUUUUCAGUGAUCAAUUGGUAUCGUCCAUUUUGAGCGAGGUUCGUGAAAGUGCCUCCCGCAGUCCAUGCAGAAAUCCAUCCAUUGUUCGAGUUGACAAUCUUUUCAGCGAAGACUACGAUUUGGAUGACAUGUUAUCGGAAGACAACUCGAACAGAACUGCUCUUCAACAAGCUCUGACCAUUCCCGACCUAGAGGAGGCAUUGCUGAAAAUGUUGUCUCUUCAACGUUUGGCUUCAAAGAGCGUGAUCAAUCUGAUGAAAGCGCCCAACCAAAGCGAAGUUGAAGAAACCCAAAAUCAAAGUUCACCGGAUCGAUUCCAAACCAUCCCGUCGACCGUCUUCCAAGAUGUUUUGAAGAACUUAGAUCUGAUCAAUCAAUGCUCGACAUCAAAUUUCACGUUAUUCUAUCAUGAAGAUGAGUACAAUCGUGCCAUUGCCAUUUGCAAAAGCAACGCCAGCAGCUCGUCCAAGGUCAUGCAUUGUCGCCCAACCAAGCCGAUCCUAAUCAACACCCGUAACACGUCCCAACUAUCUAUUCUGGCAGGAGAAGAUGUUACGAAUGUGCCCAUUUUCAGACCGCUGUUUGAAAUGGGCUUCACGAACUCUCAGAUCUCGCGUGCCAUGACCUCAUUGGAUAUCAAUGGCUACGACACGAGCGCCCGCACCAUCAACCGUUGUGCCUCCUGGAUGAUUGACAAUCCUCCGUCAGACUUGUCUCCUCACGCCAUGGAGAGACUGAUAUCGCGCACUCAAGGCGGAUCGGCAGCCAUGCCUGUACGGCUUUGGCCUGAUAUCCGAGACUUUUUUAACCUGGGGCGGGGCAGCGAGAGGCGAGGCGAUGGAAAUUCGGCGCGAAGCAUGGGAAGAGCCUCAGGUGCCAUUCGCCGAAGACUCCGACGAAGAGGUUCGAACCCCGAUUCGGACUUGCCUGCGAGCGAAUCUACCUUUGGAAGUGCAGUGACCACGCCCACGGAUUCUAAUGCCAACAACACGUCACUCCCAUUUUCGACUGUGAGCCUCCCAGCUGCAACUGAGCCUUGGGCGUCUCCAUUCCGAAGUUGCUUCAGUCCAAGCCGAACUCGUCGCCGAGACGUGCCUGUAUGUGGGAUCUGCUUUGAGGAGAUCCAAUCUGACCAAGGUUCAAUUACCCAGCAUCAGAGGGACGCUCACCCGGGUUGCCUCAAGCCCCUUGAUAACGCUAUUUGUGGUGGUCUGUUGGAGGAUAAGUAUGUCCUGUGCCAGGAUUGCAUCGUGCAGUAUGCAGAGAUUACUCACUCGAUGCCGGCAUCGGAUAUUUUGGCCACCUCCCGACACGCAAGUGGAGAUCCAAGCGGGCCCUCUUCACUCACAUCUUCCAAUCGGAACUCAAGAUCCGAAACGAGCCCGGCGUAUGUGUCCAACCCAAUGACCCCUGAUCUCGUUGUAAAUGAGGAACUGCACAUCAGAGAAAAAUCCAACGUGGCUCCAAAUCGAGUAAUCGAAGAAGAAGGCGUGUCCGAACUUAAUGAAAGCGAACUGGCUUUGGAACUUCAGAUUAAUUUGGCCCAAUUUUUGCACUACACAUGUCCCGUAGACGACGACAUGAAUGAAAGACCAUUGCUUACCAACGAUCUCCGUGUGCCCAGCAAUGGCAUGGGUCAAAAUCUAUUGGAUUCGGACGAAUCUUUGUAUUACCAAUGGAAGGAUUGCCAAGCGGUGAGGCUGAAGGCCAAGCCCUGGGACCAAGGAGCCCAUAAUCGUAUUACGCCUCCAUUGGCCACCCCAUUAUGGUUUCAAGCUCACCACCUUUCAAGCAGGAGCGAUAACAUCAUUGCAUUGGCCCAAUUACAAAGAAUGAUUGCUCUUCAAGCGAGAUUCGAUCUGAUUUUCCUGUGCCUGGAGUGUGCAGCCUCAUGGGCACAACGGGGCCACUUUCGUCGUGGAGGAGAAAUCUUGUCCAACUGUGGAUUGAAUGACGUCCGAUUAUUGUAUGGUCUUUUGAAAAGAUUGGCCAGAGUUGAAGCCGAAACUUCAUUACGAUGUGAGCUCACAAACUCAGGCAACCAUGGAGAAACCAAUUCAACUCGUGGAGAUGACCUGCUCCACGCCAAUUUUCUCAAUGUUCGACCUAAAGUGGAGGCCGCUCUCUUGGCGUUGAGAUGCCUACUUAGGAGUAAUCCCUCUGAUGUGAGAUUUGCAUCAAACCUUGUUCUCCAUAACUUGACUCGCUGGGUCAAGCUGGAUUAUUAUGUGGACAACCCAGACGCUUGGUUGUUGAGGAAGAAUGCGUUCGUCGAUCAGCGAAUCCUGGAAGACAUCUUGGAUUGUGUCCGAGAUGAUUUCGCAAAUUCCUUUUCAAUUGGCGACAAGAAAAAGGAAUGCCAUCAACAGCAGAGCGCCACAAAUCCUGAUGAAUUUGAAUUGAGUCAAGCCUACUUAGAGAUGGACUCAUUGAUCUGCGAGACCAUGGCCACGUUACUUCUGGACUGGAAGUUGACCACCAAAUUACGAUUUUGGGCCUCCAAGAUACUGCUUCGGAGUAUUUCCAAUCGCGUCAAUAGCAAUCCGCCGUUUAAAAAUGUGGACCAUGCCGACUAUCAAAGAGCUCUGCCCGCCCAACAUUACCAAAUGGACGAAUUAAGUCUGAUCAACCCAAUGGCCAUCACUUGGAUGACCACCAAAUGCGACCAUAGCCAAGCAAUGUGCUUGGAGGCGAAUGGCAAUGUCUAUUUCAUCAGCUCUGCAGGAUCAGAGCGCGUGGUUUCAUUACUACCCGAUGCCGAAGAGUUGUCCAGGCAUCCCGUCCGAGUUUGCGAGUGGUCACCGUGUCAAAACCGAUUAGCAUUUGGCUAUGACAACGUGCUUUGCAUUUGGCACAUCCCUACCGCCGAGGACAACUAUACCGCGCCUCGAGGCCGCGAUAUGGACACACUCAUCCAAAUGAGCUCAAUUACUGCCAUGAAUUGGAGUGAACUCGGCUCAACGUCUGAUACGAAAAGUGAUCUUUUACUCGGACGGGAAGACGGAACUGUUGCAAUUCUCUUUGAAGGCGAUGGAAUACGAGACAUGCCUGCCGUGACCAGAGUUCGUGUGUCUGUUCGAUCCGUGGUGUGGUUGAAUAAUUCGGACGAGGAGCAGAGUUUCUUGGUCGCCUUUGAAGAUGGCAAAAUUGUUUUGGGGUCCCCAUCCAACCCGGACUCGUUCAAACAAAUCCAAACAGAUGAGGAUAACAUCCAUCAAUUUGAGCUUUGCGCCAACCAUCUGAUCCUGGGGGUUUCCGCUCUGGACCAAAAGUUUGUCUCCAUCUGGGGCCGCUCCUUGGGCGAAUUUGCGUGUUCUUCCACCAAACUUCCGCAUCCCAGUGUCGUCGAAGUCAUUGCGUGGUCGCCUUUGAUAAAGGACAAGGUUCUUUUGGCUGUCGGACAAAACGACGGGGGUAUUGCUCUCUGGCAAAUCGAUUCAUCUGGCUUUGGCAAGCCCGAGCAUGUGCAAUUACUCUGGGGUCACCCCUAUCAAGCGUUGAAACUCCUCAAAUUCCAUCCUGACGAAAACUUAUUGGCCUCAGUCUCCCAUCAAGGCUCAAAAUCUCUGCUGAAUGUGUGGUCCUUGAGUACGGGUAGUGUGAUCCAUACGGAUCAGUUUGAUCAAGACAACAUACGAAACUGCGUUUGGGUGUUGGACCGAAAUGAAUGUCGACUUCUUGUAUCAUUCGAAACCAAAAAGGCUGUUAUCAAGAAUAUCUUAUUCCCAAGUCAGUGUUCGAUGUUCAACCUGAAAAUUGCGUCUGGAUGUCGAGCCGCUUUGUUGGGAAAGGGUGCAGAUGUUCUCUACCGAACACCAAAUCUCAGACAAUUCUUUUAUCAUUUGGGAACUUUCUUGCGGGAGCAAUACGCUGAAGAGAUCGAGGACAUUGACAGGACCGUCAAGUACUCCAGGUUCCUUCAAGACUUGCUCCGCCUCGUUGUGGAGUUGAACUUGGAUGACGUUUUCAUUCAAAAUCCCAUCAUCAAGCCCAUGCCAGGCGCAAUCAACAAUGUGCUCUGUGAGGCCGUAGAUUGGGGAUGGGUCUUGGAUUACAUCUCUUCUCUCCGAGCUCUGAAGGCCUUGGCCGUGCGCAACAAGACCAACAUUGCCAACUUCCAGUCCAUCGCCAACACAUUCCUUCAAAACAGUGGCGAACGAAUCGACCCGAACUUCGAGGUUCCCAAUGAAAUGAUCAGGGUCCCUUCCUUAGAUCUAGAAACCAGCCACAACAACACCAUGACGUUAUCUUCCGUGUCUCCCACGUCCGAAGAAGGCGUAUCUUCCGUCACUCAAUCGGAGGCCACCUCGAUCUCGUCCCAAAGCGAUUCGAGCAGCCUUCUCCUCGAUCCCUCGGUGGUCUGGACGAUCGACAGUGAUUGUCAGUUGAUGCAAUGGGCCACGGAAUUCCCCACCGAUUGGCAAGUAGGUGGGAAAUGCAAAGCGUAUGGAUUUGGAACCGGCCGAAGUGGACAAUUGUCCGAAGUGGGAAGCAUCGCUGCCAAUCCAACAGAGAUCCCCUCAUUCUCAGAAGCAAGGCAAGUGAUUUGUGCUUUGAAUUGCACCUUCAUCAUCCAUUCCAAUGGUUCCUUGUCGGCUUGCGGGCAGAAUGAAAACGGACGGCUUGGACUGGGAAACUCGGAGGACCAGCAUGUUCUGGCCUUGAUUAGUGCUCUCAAAGGUUUCUCAAUAUGCCAAUUGGCCUCGUCCAAGGGGGGCGAAGGGCACACUCUAGCAUUGGCCACGUCAGGUGAGGUAUUUUCGUGGGGAGAUGGAGAAUGGGGGAAACUAGGGCACGGCAAUUCUGAUCGAGUCCGACGUCCUCGACCCAUCACGGAUCUGCGUCAUCGAUAUCAGAUAGCAGGCUCAGAUGUCGCAGACCUGGCCUCGCACGUCCGGUUUGUGGCCACGGGAUUUCGCCAUUCAGCUCUUAUCUCGAAAGCUGGCCAUCUGUAUACAUUCGGGAAAGGGGACACUGGAGCUCUCGGCCACGACCAAUUGAUGACACUCAAGCAGCCACAAUUGGUAUCUGACUUGCGAAGACACAAAAUAGGAUUUGUGGCUUGUGGAGCUACUCACACGGUUUGUGUGUCACAAGACGGUCUUCAAACUUGGUCUUUUGGCCUGAACGACAAUGGUCAAUUGGGCCAUGGGUUUCGGGUCCCAGGUGCGUGUCCCAGGCCUAAGAUUAUCGAUUCGUUGAAAGGUCUUCAAGUGAAGAAAGUGGCCCUCGGUGACGGGUUUUCCGUAUUUCUCACGAGCAAAGGUCAAGUUUUCAGUUGUGGACAAUAUCAUACGGCGGGAUUGCCGGAAUCCCUAGCCUCACUUAACAAGCCAACUCAGAUCCCAGCCUUGGAAAGUGUUCUCAUCAUAGACAUUGCAGUGGGCGGAUACCACGCCUUGGCUUUGAGUAACAAGGGUGAAGUUUGGGUUUGGGGUAAAAACAACUUCGAACAGGCGGGCCUCAACACGGCAGAGCCAUGGAUCCUCACCCCCCAAGUCAUCCCCGAACUUUCGGAUAAGUUCAUUCUUCAGGAAUCUUAUGUGGGAUCGCCAUCAGAACGAAGAAGCCCAUUGCCCUCAACCUGGCGCCCUUUGUAUGGAAAUUAAUUGUGGGAAGUGAAAUUACAUGGAACGACCUUGAAGACGUGGACCUGAACUAUGCCCGGAGUCUUCUUGCUUUAAAUGACCCCCAUCUCUUGGAAAGUCAUCUCCCCAAUGAUCAUUUUGAGGGCAUCUCUUUUGAGACUUUGAUCACACGCACCCGGUGAUAAUUUGGCUUUGGGACAUCUUGGAAUCGUUUUCUGAUGAGGAGCGCGUUCUCUUUGUGAUCUUUGUUUCGGGUCGCUCUCGUCUCCCCAACAACCCCGAGGAUCUGCCUCAGCGCUUUCAAAUCCUACGGGUAGAUAAACCUGAGAAUGGCUUGCCCACGGCUCAAACGUGCUUCUUCCAACUUCGAUUGCCGCCCUUCACCGAUCGGCAAACCAUGGAGGAGAAGCUGCGUUAUGCCAUUUACAAUUGCCGAUCCAUAGAUAUGGACCAAUACAUGUUGCGGAGAGACAGUAAUCCAACGGCGGCUAAACCAAGUUGAGACGACGAGGAUGAAGACGAUAUUCAAAUGCAUCAAUCGACAUGAAGAGGCCAUUCGAGAAAGUGUCUCUAAUUUCAUGGAUCCAUCCAUCCAUCCAAGCUCAGUUCUCGACAUUCCGUACGUGGAAUUUAUUUUAAUGUAGUAGAUAUCCUAGAUUCCCCACCCCGACUCACCGCCAUACCUAAUCUCACCCUUCCUCUCCUUGUGCCACCCACGCCUUGGCCUGGCUUUAAUUCUGAAAAGAAAUUGUCCGUUGUCAAAUGCAUCAAUGCAAAAUAUGUAAAUCUACUUCGUGUGUUUUA